GUCUUCCUCGUCUGCCCACCAACGGUCCGAUCUGAGUUUCAACAGUGUGCCCUAACCGCUGGGUGAAGGAGUGUAAGGUUUGCUAAUCUUUGCCGCUUUGGGAGCGUUGGUUGAGGUACCCUAAUCCAUGGAGCUGAAUCAUUUAAAAAUAUAUUUAGGGAAGGCUUCAAUAUGGAAUCACUGGAAGAAGAACUGAUAUCACUUGGUAUUGGAGGUAUGACUUCCCAAUUUGCUCAAAUACUGCAGUCAGCAUUUGGCUCACAGAUGGUUCCUCAUUCUCUAGCAAAGAGGUUGAAUUUGAAGCCUGUAAGAGGCAUGCUACUACAUGGUCCACCAGGUUCUGGAAAAACCUUAAUAGCACAAAGCAUUUGCAAAUUACUAAACGCAAAAGAACCUCUGAUUGUAAAUGGACCAGAUGUGUUAAAUUCAUUCCAAGUUGUAUCAGAGAGGGAAAUAAGGUCACAUAAAGCAGCCAAUGAGGAUGAAAACAAAUAUGGUAAAGUUGCGUAGUUCAUAUCAUAAUUGUAAAUUCACUUCAUUGUCCAUUUCAUAGUGAGAUCAUUUAAUCUUUUCUUUCAGGAGCUUGGUUUUGGAAGUUCAUCAUGUUUUUAUGAUAUGAAACAUUGAGAAUAAGAUAAGACACAAGGCUUGAGUUUCAUGCUUCUACAUCAAUAUGCUUUUCUAAGACAAGCAUUCACCAUUGAGUGCUUAAUCCAGAUUAAUCAGCAUUGUUUUCACAUUAUUUUUUAUGCCCUAUGAUUUGCAAUUCACCUUGUCAUCCACUUCUAAAUUUUUUAUCGGUUUAUACAAAACCUAUGUUUUAAUUAGUGUAGACAGUCAACAUAGAAAAGCUAUUCUAUAUGAAAAAGGUUGGUCAUUGUUAAA